AUGGAUCUCGUCGCUGGUGUCCGCAAAGAAGGCAGCCGCGGCGGCCGCGGUGAUUUUAAAUGGACAGAUGUUAAAGACUCCUCACACCGAGAGAACUAUCUGGGCCAUUCUGUUAUGGCGCCUGUUGGUCGCUGGCAAAAUGGCCGAGAUCUGUUUUGGUAUACGAGAUCGGACGACAACGAUACGAAAAGAGCCCAGAAAGAGCGUGAAGAGAAAAAGCGUGUCAAGGAAGCUGAAGAAGAAGCAAUGGCACGAGCUCUGGGCCUUCCAGUACCCCCGAAGAGUGCAGCUUCCAACGCAAAUUUGACUCCAUUGGGGGAGAAUGAUAUCCAAAGAGCAAUUCGAGACACAACAGCUGGUGAAGAUUUACCCGAUGAGGGCAUUGGAAAGGGUGUCGGGUAUGGCUCUUUUCAGGGUGGAGGUGCUUCGUUGCCUGGAGCUAGUGAGAGUGAUAAGCUUGAAGAAGUCGGAUUUGAUUCAACCCCACGAGAUGAGCGGAGACGGAAGAAUGGACGUAGCAGGAGUCCAGGAAGGGAUCGAAAGGGAGAUCGCACCAGCCAUAGAGACCGAGAGCGAGAGCACAGGCAUCGUCUCAGUCGCGCGAUCGAGAUCGAGAUCGCCGGAGAAGACGCUCACACUCGCGGUUUAGGAGCAGAGACCGGAGAGGAGGCGAUGAGCAUAGGAGGCGGGACCGCAAUCAUAGUCCACAUACGCUCGAAAGGGACUUUGACUCUUAUCGUCGGCGAUAGUCUUAAUUGUUAUCAUGACUUUGGUAUUACAUGGUGUUGGGCGUUUUAA